AUCAAACGAGACGGAAUGCGGGGAAGAAGCCGAACCGACCGAGAGCGAGGGUGGUGCGAGACCGUGUGGUGUUUCUCGUGCGUGUUCACGUAGAGGCACACAAAGUACGCACAGACACACAGGCUGCUGUGCGCGGUGACGUUUGUCAUCAGGAAGAAGGACGCACCGCCAGCAACAGCAGCAACAGCAGCGGCAGCAGUUAGCCCGCAUCCAGUUCUUGCGGGAUUUUUGACAGAUGGCCAGCCAGCCUGAUGGUGCCACUACUGCUCUGCUUGCUCUCUGCUGCCGCCCGUUGUGUAGUGCUACGUGAUCGUGUGCGCGUGGACCACGCUCCAGUACAGUAGCGGUCUUCGGCACUGCCUACCACUGGCACUGCUGUUUGAGAUUAGAGAGGUUGUGCGCGUCGUGCGACCCACCCAUCCUUUUUUACUCACGAACCCGGACUCGCGCAAGUAAUCGGGCGGACGGUCAGGUCGUCACAUCGCAGGACCAGGAUCGCAGUAAUAAACGCAACGACACGGACUGGUGGACCGCUCGAAGAGAGGUGCUGCUGCUGCUGCUACCGUGCAGAACCGGGUAGUCAGGUAGAAACCACCGCUGUUUCCCUGCGUUGGCAACCCACAAGGGCACAGGGACAUAUCACAGGACGCCCAAGUGUGACGAAGUGUGAGCAGGGAUCAGUAGUAGUGGCUAGCGCGAAUGAUGAUCUCACAGCGUAACGGCACGACGCGGACGUGUAACCGCUGGAUGAUGAUGGCGAUGAUGGCGAUGAUGGCGAUGGGCAUCGCGAUGAACGGUUUACCAUCGGUUGGUGGCGAGCUGUUCACGGCACUGGCCGACAUGGAGGAGCUGCUCGAGACGGAGGCCGUGCUGAUUGCCAAUCUAGACAAUUAUGUUCAGGCCCAGGAGGAGAAGCUGCUACAGCUGCGACGCAAGGUACAGGAGUAUCGGCGGGAGCACACAGAGGCGGCGCGCGAUGUCAGCGCUUACCUGUCGAACCCGGUGAAUGCGUUUCUGCUGACCAAGCGGCUCACCACCGACUGGCGCUACGUGGAGAACCUGAUGACGUACGAGGUGGGGAAGGAGUUCCUUGAGAACGUGACCAGCUACCGGAGCGUGCUGAAGUUCCCGUCCGACGAGGACCUGAACGGGGCGGCCGUGGCGCUGAUGCGCCUACAGGACACCUAUAACCUCGACACGGCCAGCGUCGCCCGCGGUAUGCUGGACGGCGUACAGUACAGCACCGAGCUGUCCGCGGGUGACUGCUUCGAGCUCGGCCGCCAGAGCUACCUAAAUGGCGACUACUACCACACGGUACUGUGGAUGCGCGAAGCAAUGGACCGUCUGACGCAUGAGGUCAACCGGACGGCGAUGAAAGAGGACGUGCUGGAGUAUCUGGCAUUUUCCACCUUCAAGCAGGGUAACAUUCAGACAGCUCUGUCGAUGACGGAAGAGCUGCUGGAGCUGGUACCGGAUCAUGAACGGGCCGUCAGCAACAAGGCGUACUAUGUGAAGGAGCUGGAGAAGGAGGCCCUACAGAAGAUACUCCGUGGCGACGAUGGCAGCGAGGAGGUCCCCGUCGACACUAGCACGAAGAUCCACAAAGGUGAGGCGUCACCGCACGUGUACGAUAAGACCGAACGCAAGCUGUACGAGCAGCUGUGCCGGGGCGAACAGGAGCCACCGAUCGAGCUGCGGUCGCAGCUGGUCUGCCGGUACACCACCAACCGGUCGCCUUUUCUACGGCUGGCGCCGCUCAAGCUGGAGGAAGCCUACCGGCAACCGGACAUCGUGAUCUACCACGAUGUGAUGUCCGAUCGCGAGAUCGAGCUGAUCAAGCACUACGCUCGGCCACGCUUCCGGCGCGCCACCGUCCAGAACUACAAGACGGGCGAGCUCGAGUUUGCCAACUAUCGCAUCAGCAAGUCCGCCUGGCUGAAGGAUACGGAGCACGAGGUGAUCCGCACGGUAAGCCAACGGGUCGAGGACAUGACCGGUUUGACGAUGGCUACCGCCGAGGAGCUGCAGGUCGUCAACUACGGCAUCGGUGGCCACUACGAGCCGCACUUUGACUUUGCGCGGCGCGAGGAGCGCAAUGCGUUCAAAAGCCUCGGCACCGGCAACCGGAUUGCCACCGUGCUCUUCUACAUGAGCGACGUGACACAGGGCGGUGCGACCGUCUUUCCCUCCCUCAACCUGGCGCUCCGACCCCGCAAGGGUACGGCCGCCUUCUGGCACAACCUGCACGCGUCCGGCAACGGGGACUAUGCGACGCGCCAUGCUGCCUGUCCGGUUCUCACCGGCACCAAAUGGGUAUCCAACAAGUGGAUCCACGAGCGGGGCCAGGAGUUCCGGCGACCGUGUGGCCUAGAGCCGGACCACCCGGAAGAUUUGUUCUGAUAGCGAGCCCGCCCGCCCGAGUAGCCGUGCGUACGGCGAGCCAUAAUGAUGCUAACGACCCUCAUUGACCAUGACCCUCUGAGUUCUCUUCAUUAGCCCCCUGUUUAGCUAUUAAAGUGGAGGACUGCGUGGACUACCAAGCAAGGAGCUACCACCAGUUGUCGCGCCAUCGUAAACGUUGCCAUUUCUCAUCGUGAGCGUAUAUUAAUAUUAAAUAAUCUUUUAACCAUUUUUUUUAUGUACUGCCUAGACCUAAUUGCAAUCGUGCACCCAAAGCCAAAUUCCUAUUUCCGUAUUUAAUGUGUUUAACGCUAAUGGGGUGGGGAGCGACCAUAGCUUAGUGAAAGGGCGGCUAACUUAAUCGAACGACCAUCGGGCGAACAAACGAAUCACUCUGCUACACUCCGGGCCCGAACCGCACGCCCGCCCGCGUCACCAAAGGAUAGGCGAUUCGUUAGCUUGAGACGCGGCGCAAAGCACUACUACCAAAAGUCAGCGAGUGUGUUCGAACACUCGAAUUGUGAUGGUUUCGUUCCAAUGCUAACGCUUUUGUUUUCGGCUUUUCGUUACUUUACCUGUUAUAUGAUUAUAAUUCGGCGACGACGAACUGUUACGACGACAGACGCGAAGCAAUCCGCCCCGGGGUGAAGCAGGUUGGAUUCCAACGAUGUGAAAACACGAUCCGCGGUUCGCCAAACUGACCGAAAACCGCGCCUUGCGCCCAAUGGCAAGCGCAUUGGCAUACUCAUUUAGCUAAGCGCCGAAACCGAACUGGUUAGUUGUAAAUUAGGCAUUUAACAAAACGCAACGCAAAAGAAAACUCACAACAAACUCACUACCGAACAACCCGGGUACGGUGUGCUUUCGCUGAGAGACUUUCGACGUGAGCACCAACGUCAGGAGUAGUAGCGAGCAACGUGCACCGUGUGCGUGCCAUGUACCGAGUGAAAGUGGAAAAUAAAAUCCCGUUUUUUGUAUGUAAA